GUGAAAACAGAAAAGAAAGGGCGACGGAUAGAGGGAGAGAGAAUCUAAGGAAGCAGCAGUGCAAAAGCGUUUUCUCUCCUCUUGAACAAAUAAAACUUUCAAAGAUAGAGAAAGCAAUAUCCUCGUGAAAGGGGGAGAGGGACUUGUACCCUGCGUGUCUCUCUUUGGACUUUGCCCAUUUCUCUCCUUAAUGCAAAGCUCUCUUUGUCUUCUUCUUCUUCUUCUUCAAGAAAAUACAGGUUGAAACAAAAAAAAAAAAAGGGGCGAAGGUCGGUUCGCUGCAAGAGAAAGAAGGAAAAAAAUAUGACGGGGGCAGCAGGGAGAUUACCGACAUGGAAAGAAAGGGAGAAUAACAAGAGGAGAGAGAGGAGAAGAAGAGCUAUAGCUGCAAAGAUAUACACCGGGCUACGAGCUCAAGGCAACUACAAGCUUCCUAAACAUUGUGACAACAACGAGGUCUUGAAAGCCCUUUGUGCUGAGGCUGGUUGGAUCGUUGAAGAGGAUGGUACCACUUAUCGCAAGGGAUGCAAGCCACCCCUGUCUGAACUUGCAGGGGCCUCAACAAACAUCAGUGCAUGUUCAUCUAUUCAACCAAGUCCACAGUCCUCAUCUUUCCCAAGUCCUGUACCUUCCUACCAUGCCAGCCCCUCCUCCUCCUUAUGCCCGAGCCCAACUCGGUUCGAUGCAAAUCCCUCAACCUACCUUCUUCCAUUCCUCCGCAACAUUGCAGCUAUCCCUAACAAUCUCCCUCCUCUUAGAAUAUCCAAUAGUGCUCCUGUGACACCACCACUUUCUUCCCCAACUUCGAGAGGAUCUAAGCCCAAAGCUGACUGGGAGUCCCUUUCUAAUGGCUCCCUAAACUCAUGUCGCCACCCUCUUUUCGCUACCUCAGCCCCUUCUAGCCCCACAAGGCGGCAUCACAAGACACCAGCAACAAUUCCAGAAUGUGAUGAGUCUGAUGCCUCAACUGUGGAUUCUGGCCGCUGGGUGAGUUUUCAGACAGUGGCAUCCACAGCAGCUGCAGCAGUAGCAGCUCCUCCUUCACCUACUUUUAAUCUUGUGAAAAGGGUGGUUCAACAGAAUCCUCUCCAGGAUGGUGUCACAGGGCAUGGAGGGGUGACCUGGGGGACAGUAACAGAGAUUGGGAGAGGCUCCGAGUUUGAAUUUGAGAAUGGUAGAGUAAAACCUUGGGAGGGUGAGAGAAUACAUGAGAUUGGGGUUGAUGAUCUGGAACUUACACUAGGGACUAGCAAGACCUGUGCAUAAGCUUCCGUUAGGAAAUUAACCUUUCCUCUAGAACAUGGGUUCUUUGUGCAUUCUCAAUAUUGCUCGGUUUCUUAGUGAGUUGUUUCGUGUGCCAUAUUUGAAGCCUCCAUUGAGUUCUUACAUUGCUCAGAAGAUCAUCAUUCCAUUACUUACAGUGACCUAUCUCUUUCACAUUUGUACAGUUUUGAGCUCAGGGAGACUUUUACAAGUCUAAAAAAAGUUUAAGCCUAUUGCAUUUGAUUCCAGGCUGCUCUACUGGAGGACACUACGGGAUAGUUCAAUCUUCAAGUGGUAUGAAAGGAAGACUGAACCGAGUUUAGGGGUUUAUAUAAAAAUAUGUUUCCCCUCCAAUGUUUAUGUUCACAAUUUUCUUAUAAUUUCUUCAUUUAUCAUAUGGUUGAUAGAAUUCUAUUUCUCAGAUAGAGAGAUUGUGUUCAUUUUCUACUUUGUAAAUCAAGGAUUUAUCUAUCCUUUGAAGAAAAACACAAACUCAGAAUUUGUAAGGCUAGUUAGUACUAUGUUUACUCACUACUACUAGAUAAAUCUUCUUUGGCAAUUGAUCCUUUGAUUCUUUUUUU